AUGGAUUGGAAAAAUUAUCAUCCUUUGAACGUCAUAUACAGCUAUCUUCAGGAACUGGAGACCCAAUAUCCUUCCAUAUGUACAGUAAGUGCAAUCGGUAGGACAGCUGAAGGAAGAGAUGUAAUGAUGUUAAAAAUCUCUAACAGCAACACACGUAAUACAGGAGUGUGGUUGGAUGGAGCUAUACAUGCCCGUGAAUGGAUCAGUGCAUGUGUUGUUAUGUACAUAGGCGAACAGAUUGCUAAGAACUUUGACACUAUGCCAGCGAACAUAACUAACAAAGACUGGUAUUUAGUGCCAGUUGUAAAUCCAGAUGGUUAUGUCUAUACACAUUUAAAUGAUCGAAUGUGGAGGAAAAAUAGAGCGCGCCUUGGUACAAAUGUUGUUGGAGUAGACCUGAACAGAAAUUUUGGGUAUAAAUGGGGUGGGGUAGAAAAUUCAUCGGGUGAUCCUUAUCAUAACAAUUUUCGGGGAUUUGAUUCAUUUUCUGAGCCAGAAUCUGCUGCUGUUAAGGAUGUAAUAUUAUAUUCCACUACACGCUUCAAAAUAUUUUUAACAUUUCACGCGUACAGCGAAGUCAUCACAUUUCCUUGGUGUUAUACGUCGGAUCCUUGCCCUGAUUAUGUAAAUUUGCUUGAAGGAGGUACUAUUAUGGCGAAGGCUAUAUAUGAAACAAGUGGUCGCAUGUACAAAGUUGGUAACUUUAAAGACCUAAUGUAUCCAGCGUCUGGAACAAGCAUUGACUGGAGCUAUGGUGUGGCCCGCAUACCUUUUUCUUAUCUAAUCGAGUUAAGAAGCAAGGACUACAAAUUCUUAUUGCCGAAGGAACGGAUAUUAGAGUGUUGUGAAGAGAUAUGGAACGGCGUGAAAGCAUUGACUGUACAUGUCGAUAAAAAGAAAUGCUUGAAUUGUGUUAUCAUACAAAAUUAA